AUGGAUUUUCCAGGAAAGGAGGACAAAUUCGAAUACCAAAGAGGUGGCAUCUGUUCUGGUUCCUUUUCUGCAAUUUUAUCUGGCAACCCAUUUGGUUCUUCAGCGAGCCUCCCGUUACCGGACAAGAAAUCUUUGGAGCUAAUCCUAGAUAAGCUUCAGAAGAAAGACACUUAUGGUGUUUAUGCGGAGCCUGUUGAUCCCGAAGAGCUUCCUGAUUAUCAUGACGUGGUUAAGCACCCAAUGGACUUUGGUACAGUAAGGAAAAAACUGGCUAAUGGGGAUUACUCUACCUUGGAACAAUUCGAGAGUGAUGUUUUCUUGAUUUGCACAAAUGCAAUGCAAUAUAAUGCUCCAGAAACCAUAUAUUUCAAACAGGCACGCUCCAUACAAGAGCUAGCAAGAAAGAAAUUCCAGAGAUUAAGGAUUGAUAUUCCAUGCACUGAGAAAGAGCUUAAGUCAGAGCAGAAAACCAAAUCCAAUUCUGCCAUGAAGAAACCGACGAAAAAACCCUAUUGUAGGACUGUGCUGGAGCCUGUUGGCUCUGAUUUCUCCUCAGGUGCCACUCUUGCUACAAUGGGAGAUACCUAUAUCUGGUCGAAUGUGACACAAGCUGGUGGUUGUGAGAAGCCUAACAAUACUGAUGGACCUGUUGAUGGCAAUUCUUCCCUGAAUGAUAAUAAGCCAGAAAAGACAGAGGAACAACAUUCAGGGAAGGGGUUCCCAUCUAAAUUUGGAAGGAAAUUGUUUGUGAUUGAUGAAAACCGUCGUGCAACUUAUAAUUUAUCCAAUCAACCUAUGGUCAGAAUGGAUUCAAUCUUUACAACUUUUGAUGGCGAAAGCAAGCAGCUGGUUGAUGUCGGACUUCAUGCAGAUCAUUCCUAUGCAAGGAGUUUGGCUCGUUUUGCUGCAACUCUUGGACCUGUUGCCUGGAAAGUUGCCUCCCGGAAAAUUGAGCAAUCCCUACCUGUGGAGGUGAAAUUUGGCCGUGGCUGGGUUGGGGCAUAUGAACCACUUCCAACCCCAGUAUUAAUGCUUGAUAGCAAUUCCCAGAAACAACGGGAGUAUGGUACAAAUUUAAACUAUAUUGCUGCUUCAAGAAAGGAGGAGAAGAAUGCAGAGAGGUUAAAGGUUAUGCAAGAUGAUUCUAACCUGGGCUUCAAAACUCAGAAUUCAUCAGAAAUGGCAGCUUCUUGUAAGACUGAGGAACCUGCACAGGUGAGUCCUGUUAGUGGGCCUACUUUGGAUGGGAAAUUAUUCGGUGUUGCUGGGACCAGACCAAUCACUGGUGCUACAUGUCAGCAGCAGAAAUCAGUAACCAUAAUAAAGUCGGAUAUUAAUGUCUUUAAGAAAGCUGAAUUGAAUAGCUCUUCUGUCAGUGGGAACCCCAGUGAGAUAGCCCUACGAAAGCAAUUUGAUUAUAGUUCAGAAAUGACUACUUCAAGGUUCCUGGAUAUGGUUUCCCAGAAUAGAAUGCAAUCUGUAUCCCCCAAGCAAAAAGAAACCAAUGGGGUUGCUGCUGGAGAAUUGCCUAGUGGUAAAGCUGUGAGUGGCAGUUUGGAUGGUAAUAAAGUGAACAGUUCAUCCCCAGAUUUUGUUUCUAAUCAGCACACUAGGGAAGUAACAUACUUUCCCCAUGGAAAUCAGGAACAGGGUAUUCGUGACCCAGUUUUGUUGAUGAGAAUGUUGGCUGAGAAGACACAAAACCAGCAGAAAUCUUCAUAUCACUCUUUGGUUAGUGCUCAACAGGCUAUGCCAUCCAAUCCAUCCCUAAGAAGAGAUGAUUCAAAUACUGCUGCCGUCACUGCUGCCCGCUCUUGGAUGUCCAUUGGAACUGCACUGUUCAACUCGACAGACAAUGUAAACCCUUCCAAAAUGCAGAUUGCUGCAGCUUCUCUGUACAACCCAGCUCGAGAACACCCACCUGUUUCACGAUUUUGUGAGGAAUCUCAUGGUUCUGGGGGGCUGCAGUUGCAGCAAGAGAAAAAUAAAUUCCCCCCUCAGGCUUUCCUUCCACAACCUGUCCGUGUUGGGGAUGAAACACAGUCUCAAAGCAACAGGCCAGUAGGUCUCCCUCAACUUUUAACAACCGACUUAUCAAGAUUUCAGAUGCAGCCCCGAUGGCGUGGUUUUGUGCCACAUACUCAACCAAAGCAGAAACAGGAUACACUGCCCCCUGACUUGAACGUUGGGUUCCAGUCAUCAGGGUCUCCAGGGCAUCAAUCUUCUGGCAUUCUGGUUGACUCUCAACAACCAGACCUGGCAUUGCAGCUCUGAAUUGGGUAGUGGUCAAAGAAAAAGAGGGAAUGAGAAGUGAGUUUUAAGAGUUACUAGCUUGUCUUGUGAGGAGCGGAUUCAUUAUUUCUUCAACAGGAGUUCAGUUUCAGUUUCUCUUUCAUUAGGAAGUUGAGUCUCCUCCAACACCUCAAACAUUGCAUCAUAUGUCAGAGUUAUCGACAACUGUAUCUAUUGUAAAUCAACCUUUCUGGACUGAUGCCCGAGGAUGAGAGGAGAAAUUCACUUUCAGUAUUGGAUGCAUGACCUCAAAGCAUUUAUCUGAUUCACUGAGUUACGCAUUCGAAAGAAUAAUAAGAUGAGUUGAAGGCUACAGCAUUCUUCAGUGGAAUAUUUGAAAUUUUGCUGAAAGAUAUAACCAACUCAGUUGAAACGGUUGCUUUCUUGGUCUUGCUAUUCUGGCCAAGGAUAUUGACAUGAAAUGGGGAGGAUUUAUUAUUUGCACACGCAUGAAAUCCAUUGGAUUUUGUGUAUUUUUUUUUUUACAUUAUCACAAGAUGAGUAUCAAUUGUUCAGAUUUUCGGUUGUCCUCAACAUACCUGUCCUGCUGAUGAUUCUUGGCUCUUACGAUGGACUAAAAGAAGGAAUGCCAUCUACAAUGUCGUUUUGUCAUGAGUUCUCCAGGGGAAGGUGGUAGUGCAUAUCAUUUAACUGGUGCGUUUCAAAUUUGUUGUCAGCUGUGGCCUCAAAGCCAGAAUUGUAGUUGAGAGCCGUUAUAGAUUAGAGUUGGCCUGCUGGUCUUUUGCAGCUGGAUGUGCAUCUUGUGAACGAAGAUUUAUUACAGGGGCAUCAAAAGGAGACGGGCAGGGUUAUUUUUAUUUUUGGUGGACAUGCAAAUAUGUAAGUGUCUCUUAAUUCCAUGCAUGACCUUCCAUUUACACCUAUCAUGAGCUGAACUAGCAAAAAACAGUGAAGGGUGAGGUACGUGUUGGAAACACUUAAUUAAGGUCCAUAUUGCAUCUAGUGGCAAUUGGGAUGAUAGCAAAUAUCUUCGGAAACUGAGAUUGAGUUGAUGUUAACAUCGCAUGUUUGUGUAAUGUCUGGCUAGCAUAAUUUGUCAGAUAAGUGGGAAAUUAACAAUUUGACACAAUAAAAUCAAGGUCUAUUACAUUGGUU